AUGAAGAGGACACUGGAGCAGGAAUUGUCUGGCAGUCAGGAUGAAAAUGUACAGUUGAAGGAGCAGCUUGACUUGAGAGCCACUGAAGCUGACCAGCUCAAGGUGGAUGAAAAAGUGUUGGCUGAAAAGCUGGCUGCAUCCCAGGCAGAGAUCAACAGGUUGAACAGCGAAAUUGAAUCUGUGAUAGAUGAGAGCAGUAAACAUCAGAAAACAGUGGAAAAUGAAAUGGUGAAACUGAGGGAAGUCAUUGCAGAUUAUCGGCAACAAAUUGAUCAACUGGAAGCAGAAAAUUCAGAACAGAUGAAAAAAGCCCUGGAUCAAGAAAAUCGUCUUUUGGAACUUGACCAACAGAUCAUAUCCCUCACCCAUGCAGCCAAAUCAGCUGAAAUGAAUAAUGAAAAACUGUCCGAAGAGAAUAAUGCAUACACAAAGAAAACUCUUUGCUUGGUGCAGUAUUUUUGCCAUCUUCAGUCUCUUUUAUCAGUCAGUAAUUCUGCUCAACAAGGGGACAUUGCUUAUCAGUUAUCAGCAGAUGAUAACCCCGAGAAGUUUGGGGGAAUUGUUAGUGAGGUUUCUUCAGCAUUUGGCAAGCACAAAGAGAGGAUUGACCAAUUAGAGUUAGAGAAUAACUCUUUGAUGAAUGCUUGCAUUCAGGAGAAAGAAGACAUUGAAAAAAGGAUAAAGGAAAAGUCCAAUGAGAUCAUCAUUUAUCAACAGACAAUUGAACAAAGCAAACAAAUGAUUGAGGCUUUGCAAUCUGAAAACCAAACAAUGACUAACCAAUUACAAGAGACAGUGACCAAUGCAAGGAAGAAUGAAUCAGAAUUGGAGCGUCUCCAGGCUCAAGUUGACAUACUACAAAUGGGCGAAGCUGAGCGUGAGCAUUUCAAAGAGCUUGACCAGCUUCUGAUCAGCCGAGAAGAGGAGAUUGAACGACUUAAGACUGAGAUGGACUCUUUCACCAGAAACUUUGAAAAGGAGAAUGAAAAUCAACGUCAGGUCAUCUCUGAGCUUAAUGAACAAAUUGCAAAGAAGGAAGAAGUCGAGGAGCAAAAUAAUCAAGAAUUGAAAUCGCAGAAGGAUCUGAUUGAGUCUCUACAGAGGUUAGUGGAGGACGAGGCUGAAGAAGUAAAGAUAUUAAAGGAAGAAUUGUUGAGUGUCAGAAAUAUGAAGGAAUCAUCCUCGUUAGCACUACAAGAAAAGGAGGAUGAAAUUCAGAAACUGCAAGAGAAUGUUGCAAUGCUGAACUCCCGGUGUCAAGAUCAAGUCGAUGAAAUUUUUACUGUCAAGAGUGAAAACGAUGUUAUUCUUUGUGAAAUUAACCACUUGAAAUCCAAAUGUUCUUCUAUGGAAAAUCAGUUUCAAAAAGAGAAAUCGGAACUUGACCAGAUGCAGUCAGAGAAAAAUAGACUAGACAGUGAGAAUGUUAAUUUGCAGGAAGAGCUAACUGAAAGCCAGAAGUUGAUUUCUGAGAUGGAGAAUCAUUAUCGAUUGGAGAAAGAGAAACUUGUACACCAGAAUGAUGCUCUUUCUUUAAAACUUGAGAAGUUGGUUGAUGAAAAGAAGUGUCUGGAGGAUCGAUGUGAUCAACUGGAUGGGGAACGUGACCAGGAGGUUAGCAAAAUGGAUGCUGAAUUGUCGGCGCUUAAAGUUCUGUUAAAAACACACAAAGAAGAGUCUGUGCAAAAAUUGAAAGAAGUUGAAAACAAACUGCAAGAUGCUGAGAAACAGAUCUGCGAAUGGGAACAGAAAGUCCAGCGCUUGAAAUCAGAACAGUCUUCGGUAAAGGCUGGUUUCAAAAAGCAGAUUGAAAAGAUGACCAAAGAGAAACAGCAGCAAAAGGCAAAAGUUGAGGAACUUUUAGCCUUGUCACAACAAAAAGAGGAGCAAGGAGGUCAACUCACAGCAUUAAUGGAAUCUAAAUCCUCAGAGUUAAAGCAGGCUAAUGAAGAACUCGAAAAGCUCAAAGAACUCUGGCAGGUUGAGAAAUCGGAACUAUAUAGCAAAGUAGAAGCAAUGUCAAUCAGCCAAGAUGAAUACUUAGAAGAAGUGAAAAAACUCAAAGAAGCAAACACAAAACUGUCAGAAGAAAAAUCCAAACUAAAUAACUCUUUAAAAGAAUUGGAAAAGAAAUCUCACUCCAAAGAGAAAAGCUUGUCAGACAAAAAUAGUAAACUUCAAAAUACUAUUAAAGAAUUGAAACAGAAAUCAAAAGAGAAAUCUCUGUCAGAGGAAAACUCCAAACUCCAAAAUUCUUUAAAAGAACUGAAGCAGAAAUUGGCCAACACAGAGAAAGCACUUUCAGAAGAAAAAUCCAAACUCCAAGACUCUCUUAAAGAACUGGAGCGAAAAUCUCUGGAGACAGAAAAGGUUCUCUCAGAAGAAAAUGCCAAACUCCAAGACUCUCUUAAAGAACUGGAGCAAAAAUCUCUGGAGACAGAAAAGGUUCUCUCAGAAGAAAAUGCCAAACUCAAAGACUCUAUAACAGAAUUAAAUGAGAAGUUGCUUGAAGCGGAAAAGGUUUCUGAUGUUGAACAAGAAAAGAAUUUAGAUAGUAUGAACAGCAGCCUUGUUUCUAAAGAAACAGCAUCACUUCUGACCAGUGCUUGUGAUGGUGGCCAGUCAGAACAGAAUGACAAACCGUUAUAUACCAAAGAAGAACUGUUACAGAAGAUUGAAGAAAUUGAAACCGAUUUAGCAAAGAAACAGGAGUUUGAGUUGGAUGCAUUGACUGAAAAGUAUGAGAGAGAUUUGAAGUAUGCUCGCUUGGAUAUCCUGCAAGAAUUAGCAGAUGAGAAAGAUAAUUAUGAACGCGACCUUGAACAGAAGUACACCUUAAAGGCCUGGAUGGUGUCGACCCACCCGCUAAGUCAUUCAUGCAGCUUAGUUCAGGCUAAACAACUUUUCCAGCUGUGUUUGAAGGCUUCCUUCUCAGAUAUGGAGGAAGAGUCUGCUGAGGACUAUUUUUUUUUUAUUUUUAUCUUUCUUUCUUUUAUCUUUCUUUCUUUUUCAUCUCUCUUUCUUUUUCAUCUCUCUUUCUUUUUCAUCUCUCUUUCUUUUUCAUCUCUCUUUCUUUUUCAUCUCUCUUUCUUUUUCAUCUCUCUUUCUUUUUCAUCUCUCUUUCUUUUUCAUCUCUCUUUCUUUUUCAUCUCUUUCUUUUUCAUCUCUUUCUUUUUCAUCUCUUUCUUUUUCAUCUCUUCUUUUCAUCUCUUCUCUUUUUACUUUUCAUCUCUUUCUUUUUUACUCUUUUUUUCAUCUCUUUUCUUUUUCAUCUCUUUCUUUUUCAUCUCUUUCUUUUCAUCUCUUUCUUUUUCAUCUCUUUUCUUUUUUCUCUUUUCUUUCUACUCUCUUUUCUUUUUACUCUUUCUUUUUACUUUUCUUUCUACUCUUUUCUUUCUUCUCUUUCUUUCUUUCUCUUUCUUUCUCUCUUUUCUUUCUACUCUCUUUCUUUCUACUCUCUUUCUUUCUACUCUCUUUCUUUCUACUCUCUUUCUUUCUACUCUCUUUCUUUCUACUCUCUUUCUUUCUACUCUCUUUCUUUCUACUCUCUUUCUUUCUACUCUCUUUCUUUCUACUUUUUACUCUUCUUAUGUGGAAUCACUGAAGGCGGAGACUGACCGCUCGUUCAUCAAGAGCCUUCAAAAGAUACGCUCCGAGAUGGAAAGUAAGCACAGAGAAGAAGUAAACGAGAUGAAAGUGUCUUUAAUGAAGGAAUGUCUGCAGAUGGCUCCACAUGAGCUUGAGAGCCGAAUAGGCAAUAUGUUACAUGACAUGCAAGUGAAGAACCAGUCUGGUGGCCUUCUGGAAAAAUACCAAGCUAAGAAAUUGGCUGAAUCCCGUGAUUCUUUACUGCAGCAGAUUGAGCUCUUGAACACACAAUAUGAGCAGAUCCAAGAUGAACAAUUCACAUUCCCUGAGAAAUUUGGCAAAAAACCUGUAGCUUCGUCCCCGCGUAUCAGGCGUAAAUUUGACACCUUGCCUCAGGACAUCGAGUCGGCGUCCCGAAGUUUGGUGGAGUUAAGCCGUGCAAAAGGUUGCCAUGAUGAAGAGAAGAGCUGUUGCCGUCUUGAUUGCCAGGGUUAUCGCAAGCGCUACGAGAUUGCGCUGAAGAUUCUCACUGAAAAAGGCCUCACCUCCUUAGAUAACAUGUCCGAAAAGUCAUCCUUUGAAGUGGACUCUUUGGAUGGGUCCACCAGUGUUGGAGACCAGCAAAGAGAUGAGCUCUCUCAAGAACUCCAAGAUGAGUACAAUGAAUUAAUGGAAAGAACAGUGACAGAACCGGUAAUCAGCAGUUGUUUCUCUGUCAAACACAGUCCAGAAGCACAGUGUUCACACUGUAUUGCUCACAUCGAGGACAAGCUCUCUCUAAAGAAACGCUUGAGUAUUCAGCUGGAGCUUUUUGGUAAAGAAAGGUUUUUAUUACAAAACCGAUCUGAACAUUUAUCUGUGGAAUUGGAAAAUGCAUUGCUGAUGCGGGACCAGUUACAGAAGGAGUUGAACAUUGUCAAAGAAAUGCAACAGAGUCACAACUCACUCCCUGCAGAAAUUGAAUACACACAGCUGAAGGUGAAGCUGGCCAACACAGAGGACCAGGUGGCCUUCCUAAGAAACAAAGUCAGUCAGAAUGAAAUCGAACGACAAGAACUGAAAACAAAAAUCAAUGACCUAUUUGUAAAGCUUAUAGAUCAGCAACAUUAUAUUGACACGCUGGAAGAAGAAUAUUCAAGAUCUCGUUCAGCUUGGCACCACAAAGGUACAAUGACCUGUGAAGAUCAUACCUCGGUCCUUCCAGUUAGAGAAUUGGAGCCUGGCUUGAACCGGCGCCAUUCAGAUCCAAGCACAAGUGGACAGUACAUCCAUAACAUUGACGAGUUGUACAGGCCAAAAGAUAACCGCAUUUCCAAAUCUGUUGGCAACCUUUCUCCAGUGGAUGACAUUAACCUUGAACCAGCUAUGUGGCUUCCAAAGAUACCACGAUCACAGAGAGAUACUUCCCCAGAUUCUUUGAAUAAAUCUCCGUUUUCUGAUCAUUCUAGUCAACCAGAGGAAAUUGAGUAUUAUAAAGGUUAUUGUCCUGAAAGAACUGGUUCGAGCCUGAGUGAAGCAUCCACAUUACUUACUGUGGAUGUAUUUGUGCCUAAUUCUUCAACGCCACAGAGAUUGUCAAGGGCAACCCACUCAAGCCCCUCACUUACAACGCUUGGAGAGUUCCAUGAAUCAGAUAGGAUCUUUUCAAGUUUUGAUACUUCUGACAAAGAGAAUCUUCUGCCUUUCUCAGGGAAACAUUUAGAACUUAUUGAUGAAGUUGCUGAACUUAAACAUUCACUUGCUAAGACUAAAGAGAAGCACAUUCAAGAGACAGCAAUUUUGAAGGAGUUUAUUGAUCAGCUACAGCAGUUUGGCCCAGCUGAGAGAACCGCUUGUGGUCAGUCUGAGAUGAAGGGUGACGGCAAUAGUUCAACUGAAAUUGUAUCUUUGUCCUCGGAUGUAGUCGACCUGCGUCAAAAGUUGUCGCUUUUGAGAGAGACGUGCCAAAAAUUAACUGAGGAUAAUGGUGAAUUGAUGAAAAAACUUUAUGACCAGGAAUGUCUUGUAAUGAAAACAAAAUAUUUAGGUAACCAGACAAAUGCCGUUUCUAAUUCUGAUGAACUUGAUGCAGUAUUUGGCAAGCAGCUCCUUCUUUUGCAAAAGCACCGGGAUGAGCUGUCUCUCAAACUCUGUGAAGAACGGUCUCUUGAGAACCAAAUAACAGAGUUGGUGGCAGGUAAAGCUGCUUUGGAACAAACUCUAUGUAAAGAGAGAGAAAUGAAAGAAGAGUGUGUCUACAAGAAAGGCUUGGUCGACUCUGAAUUGACCAGUCUGAAAGCUGUAUAUGAACACGUCCUGCAGGAACAACUACAUCUUGAGCAAGUCAUUCGGGACAAAGACUUGGCUGAACAGAAAUUACAGGUAGAAAAAUUUGACAUUCAGCAACAGCUCUCUAACAUGGCCUGCAAAUUGGAAGAGACCGAAAAAAUUAUCAAAGAUAUGCGAGAAAAGGAGUUACCUGAAACCAACAGUGAUGACCAGCAUUCAGAAAAGAACCUUAUUGAACUGCGAGCCCAGUUCUCUCAAGAACUCUAUGAUGCCAAGAGCACAAUUGAAAAGCAGAAUAUUCAACGUCUGGAAGGUCUCAGGAAGGAGAUGGAAGAACAGCAUGCCCUUGCUAUCGAGUAUUUACGUCAGCAGCUACGCAGUGACUUCAAGUUGCGAGAGUCCCGCCUAGAAGAACACCAUGCUGCCCAUAUUGCAAGCUUACAUACUAUCCAUGGAGAACAGGUGCCACCAUUUUCUUAUUGCUAG